AUGAUAAACCGCGGCGAGCGUUUCACCUGUCAGGUCGAAGCAGGCGGCGACGUUGAUGCGGAUGCCGUCGACUACGACAGCAAUGACCAGGGCAAUCUGGAACACCGCGAGGAUGCCGAUUUCACAGCUCCGAGCGCGCUGCAAGAGGAGCUCACAGAAAGCCAGCACGGUCCAGCUGGCAGUCAGGCAGAAGAAGAGAACGACACCGGUGGCGGAUCCCAUUUCGAGAGCAAUGAGCUACCAGCAGAAGAUGGACGCGUGAAGGUCCUCAAUCUGUCAAGGACAGUCAUGAAGAAGCUGUCAGAUGUCCAGUGGUACUUGGGACAGGAACAAGCGAAUGAGAACGGUCUCUAUGACUUCACGGAGGUGAACCUGGCACAUUGCAAGCUCGAAGGUGAUGCAGCUCGGGAAGUGGCAAAAUUCUGCCAGAAGUGCCCCUCGCUGAAGAUCCUGAAGCUACAUCACAAUCUCAUUGAUGAUGCAGUGGUCGAAGACGACCUCAUGCACAUCUUCAAGCACUGCCCUCGUCUGUGGGAGGUCCAUUUGAGCCAUAACUGGAUCUCAGAACAGGGUGGCUGGCUCUUGGUCCGAGAGGCUGCCGCGCACCUGCCGGAGAAGCAUUCGCGGCCACUAUGGCUCCGUAUGGAGCACAACUUCAAGGGCGCAUCGGAAAUUGCACGUCGCUGCCGCGAUGGCGAGCUUUCAGUGUGCUUUCGUGAAGAUGGAAGACGCUGCACGAAUCGGUAUUGUAAGCACGGUGCACGGAUCCACUUGCCUUUCCUACUGGAUGACAACAAGGACUGGAAAAACAACGGCACAUCGUGGAGCCCAUGGCAGUCCGCCAGCUAUGAGUACCGCGACCGAUACAAGCACGACCAGAACGAUUAUGGCAAGAAUGUUUACACUGGUAGUGCUUACGGGAGCAAUGGUUAUGGCAGCAACCACACGGACAGGAAUGGCUAUGAUCACAGGGGCUACAACAAAGAUCCUGGAUAUGGUCGUUCCGGCAGCAACGGUUACGACGAAGCAGCUGGAAGAGACUACAGAAGCCAUCGUACCAUCACACAAGAUCGUACCCGUUCCGACAGAUACCAUUCCCACGAGGAGUUCCGAGAGGGCAGACGGCGUGACUCGCGGAGCCGUACCCCUCCACCAAGCCGGGUACGACUCACCGAGCGUUUCUCUCCCCCACCUCGGCGUUUGCCAAGUGUUCGUAACGUCCGUGAAGUCACCCGGGUGCCGAGCCCUCCCGGCCCACCACGCAGACGACAGGCUCAGGCCCCCCCAGCUCGAAGAACAGAACCAUUUCCCCCACGCAAGGCGCCAACCCCGCCUAGGCCGAGAAGGCAGCCUCGACAGCAGCCUCGACAGCAGCCUCGACAGCAGCCUCGGCAGCAGCCCCGGCAGCCCCUUCGAGCUCCACGCCGUCUUUCUCCCAUCCGUGAGCCUCCGAAUUAUCAGCGCAACCCGGCCCAGCGAAACCGACACGCUCCGCUGCAAGCUCCCCCGGCUCCGCUCCCCCGGAACCUCGGCAACCUUCCACAGGUUCGGAGGCCUCCUUCCCCGCCUCAACGUCCCAAACUCCCCCUUCACAAGCCUGCAGAAGAGCAGUCUUCGAGCUACGAGUACUACAGCGACGAAGACGAGUACAGCUAUGACGAUGAUUCCGUAGCACCCGCCGGGCAGAGCCGCGACGUAAAAAGCGUGGUGGUCCCUCUGCCCAAAGUCAUUGCAAAGGGCUCGGUGGGUCAGGUGCAGAAGCACCAGUUCCAGAAGCACCAGGGCGCCGUCAGGAGGGAGCCACUCGCAAAAGGCAGGCCCUUCCAGCAGAAUCGACGGCGCUAG